AUGAAGAAACCCACGGUGUCGGUCAUAGUGGCAGCGCUCAAACCGCUGUUUGGAAUAGGCAACAAAGGCGGCCUACCAUGGAAACUAGGCAAGGAAAUGGCGUAUUUCAAGAGAGUCACUACGCGGACUGCUCAAGCUGGUGCCAUCAAUGCCGUGAUCAUGGGAAGAAAAACAUGGGACUCGAUACCUCCUAGGUUCAAACCACUACCUGAUCGAAUCAACGUUGUGUUGUCGAGGUCUUUUGAGAAUCGCCAAGUUGACGAACGUUUGAUCCAUGCCAAUUCAAUCGAGAGUGCACUACUGUUUUUGCUGGCGAGACCUGUUGAAAAAGUGUUUAUCAUUGGCGGUGCUGAGAUUUACAAUGAGGUCAUCAAGGGGCACCUAGUGGAUUAUUUACUCAUCACGGAGAUUGAACAUGUGGAUGACUCGCCUGUGGAAAUGGAUACGUUUCUUGAGUUUGACAUGCACGAGUGGGUGAAAUUGCCAGAUGGAGAUUUGGUUGACUUUACGGGAGAAGAACUGGUCGAAAAGGACAUCAACGAGAAUGGUUUCAUCUAUAAUUACACCUUAUGGGCUAGAAAGUAA